CCUACCCUACAAUACGAUACAGGUUUCAUAGUUCGGUACCAUAAAGGUACCCUUUAAAUACAAUAGAGGUACCAUAGUACUUUGUAUAAAGUAUAGUACUUUGUGUCUAGUACUGAGACUCUGGCAAAGUUUAGUUCCAGUUUAGUUCUAGUACUACAAGUCUUGUAUAAGCUAGUUCUAGUUUAGUUCUGGUUCUUACAUUGGUUGUAAAAAUAGUACUAGUUCUAGUUCUUGGAACUAGAACUAUGAAAAAAAGGCAGUACUAGAAUUGAUUUAGUUCUAGUACCAAGGAACUACAACAACACUAAUACAGGUCAAGGUAUAGUUGAAGUAUACUGUCAUGGAAAGUGGGGAGUGGUUUGUUCAGACUCUGACUCUGACAAUUUUGCUCUUACUGUGUGUAACCAGCUCGGUUAUAAUUCACUUUCUAAAUAUGACUAUGAUACAGAAUUCUCAAACACAGUUUUUGCAUCAAUGCAAGAAACUGAUUGUGGUGGUAGUGAUUUCAAGAAAUGCGUGAAAGAUUGUGCAAGCUGUGAUGAUAAUAUUGACUCAUGCGACUAUAUUUUAAGUGUGACUUGCCAACAUGACAUUGGUACUUCCAAACCUGCUAAUAAGAUGGGAGUUUGUACUCCUAAAGGCAUAAGUAUGAUGAACUCUGGUCAAGUUGCAGUGGCUGCAUUGGUUUUGAUCCUGUUCCUCUAUGUUUAUUUUAUCACUCGUGUCUGCAUUAGAAUUAUCAGCAUUUGCUGUAGGAGGAGAAGAGGCCAACCACUUCUUGAAGGCAACGUUAACAAUGAAAACAACAAUAACAACAACAACAAGUGUAGGCGGAUCAUCUGUGAUAUUCUCUGCUGUAACUGAAAAACUGCUGUAUAAGUAGAUUAGAGUUGCUGAAUAGAUUUAGUUUUAGGCUUUCAGUUGCUGCAAUAAUUUUUAGUUUUCAUGCUACAAAAUAUUAUUAUUAUUAUUAUUUAUUUAUUUAUUUAUUUAUUUAUCAUUAUUAUUUUGCAGAUUUUUCUUACUUUUUACUUGUUAAAAUGUACAAUCUCUCACUGGUAGUUUAUUAAAUAAUGCUCUUUCUUUCUUUUUUUCUAAUUAUGCAAUUUCAAUAAUAAA